CUUUCACUGGCUACGUCAAAGGAGAGGAGCUUUAAGUUGCCUUGCAAAUGAGGCUGACCUCUUGUUUCUGUGGAGAAGGGGCUGGUGCAGCCUGAGUUCCUGGGGAAGCUUUGGCUCUCACUGUUGUUUGUGUUUGCUUGCAGCUGUGUAAAUGAGUAUGGAAGAUUAUGAUUUCCUGUUCAAAAUUGUUUUAAUUGGCAACGCUGGAGUGGGAAAGACGUGCCUAGUCCGACGAUUCACUCAGGGUCUUUUCCCCCCAGGUCAAGGAGCCACAAUUGGAGUUGAUUUUAUGAUUAAGACAGUGGAGAUUAAUGGUGAAAAAGUAAAGUUACAGAUCUGGGACACUGCGGGUCAAGAGAGAUUUCGCUCCAUUACCCAAAGUUACUACCGAAGCGCCAAUGCCUUGAUCCUUACCUAUGACAUCACCUGUGAGGAAUCCUUCCGCUGCCUUCCGGAGUGGUUGCGGGAGAUAGAACAGUAUGCUAGCAAUAAGGUCAUCACUGUGUUAGUGGGCAACAAGAUUGACCUGGCUGAAAGGAGAGAGGUCUCCCAACAGAGAGCAGAAGAGUUCUCAGAGGCUCAGGACAUGUAUUACCUGGAGACUUCAGCCAAGGAAUCUGACAAUGUGGAGAAACUCUUCCUUGACUUAGCAUGCCGACUCAUCAGUGAAGCAAGACAGAACACACUGGUGAACAAUGUAUCAUCACCCUUACCCGGAGAGGGGAAAAGCAUCAGCUAUUUGACUUGUUGUAAUUUCAACUAAAGGCUGAGGCAAAGAGAAUCAAAGGGAAUCAGUAGUUGCCUUGGUGGGCCAUAUGUUGCUAGGGAAUCUGGCAAUGACUAUGGCUCUCGCUCUUGGACCUUCUGACUCCUGUAGGCUCCAGAGCUUACCAAGCAUGCAGGCCAAGGGCCUUGACUACAGGCCAGCAUUAGCAGAACACAUAAUGGUUUCAGCCUUUUGCAGUCUGGCGUUGGAGCAAGGAGAAAAUUGCACUAAGCGCUCCAUGAUCUGCAGAGCAUGUUGCUUUUGUUUUUAAAAAAAGCAAGUAAAAAUGCAUUCCUGAACACAGAGCAGGGGAUCAUGUACUGUAGGAAUCCUUCUGUGUGUCAGCGGGUGCAUGAGGGGCUGUUCUUUAGGCUUCAGUGGUAAUCUGGUGCCCAUGGAUUUCUUGUCUACCAGGUAAACCAAAUCUGGAAAGGCCAAGUACUGUCUCUGUAGUACUUAUUGAUGACUCCAUGGAGAUUUUGAAAAGUGUUAUUUCUUUUGUCCACAAGCACUUUCAAAACCUUUGGGAUAUAAAAAUGGGAACUCUUCUCAUGACCAACAGUAAAAAUUAUUGUUUAAUAAUAUAUACAAGCUCCAUGACUCUUUUUGGUGCUAAUGAUUAUGCUAUUUCACAGACCAAACGUUUUAGUACAUUGAUACCCUUAGAUGUAUUACCUAAAAUAAAAAGAGAAUGGGGGAAAUCCAUGAGUCAGCAGUCUUUUUCAGUCUCCUUACCACCGUUUCUAGGAUGGGUUUGGAUAUGAGAAGCCCUUUUACUUUCAUAUUCUCCUUGAAAUUUAUUAACUUUCUUCUAUUCUUUCACACUUAUCCAGCCCUUCAAGUAAAUUAAAGUAUAAAAAAUAUGGGGAAAAAUAUAAAUGAUGACAUUCUAAUAAAGAAGACUAGUUGUACCAGAUGUUGAGUAGCAAGAGAAAACAGAGCAGAUAUGACCAAAAUACUGUGGACUAUGGACUGACUGCAGAGCAGACUUCCAGACAGAGCGCAGCUCUCUCUAAUAGGUCACGCCUUUUCCUUUCUGGAACUAGCCUUGGAUGGACCAAGGUUUAGGAUUUUGUAGACAUUUUUAGUAUAAUAAGUGAGAAUAGCAACAGAUGAAAAGUCUCACAAACCAUUUUUGUAUCUUCAAUAAACUUAGGAAAGUGCUGCUCAGGAAGCAGGCUGAGUUGUCCUUUAUUAAUAUUAAUGUUGAUUGCAGAUUCAUGACCACACAUUUCUUUUCCCUUUAUCUUUUCUUUCCCCUAGUCUCCCCUUAAAGUGUUCCUUUCCCCACUCCUUCUUUUACUCUUUCCUUCCCAUACUGGUAUGCAUGUAUUACUCAAAAUCUCCAAUUCAAAUGGAGGUAUAUAUGCCUUUACUUAGCCAAUUUCACAACAGGACUCAAAUUGGAAGAUGUGCUGCUGAAUGAGUUCCUGUUUCUUCAGUGCCAUGUUUUGAUACCUUCCAAUUUGUUCACUGUCAUAAAUGCAAAUACGACAGUAAUUAAGUCUGUAUGCUCUUGGUGUUGUCAGGUGUCGCUGUAGCUUGCUGUAUAACAUAACUGAGUAUGAAUCACUGAAUGAGGAUAAGAUGUGUAAUUCCACUGUUGGUAUUGAUGGUGACAAUCUUGGACCUGACGUGUCACUCUUGGAAAGCUACUGAAUUGUAAGGCAAUGAGUCAACACAGCAGGUUAUUGAUAACACAUUUCUAGCAUUUCUAGAAGAUUCCAUAAUGUCCAAUCUUUUUUACAUGUGACUGCAUGUAUUAUUAGCAGUCAUUGGUUUUGACUGGCUCACUAUGCUUUUCUUGAUUCUAUAGGAAAGAAAAAAGCUUCCUAAAAGUUUGAACUGUCUUUCCUUUAUACAGGAAGGGGAAAUAAACCACUUAAAUGAAAAUAAAAAUCAUUUAUAUCUUUGCUUAAUAGCCAGCAACCAAAGGCAUCAGAAGAUAAACUAAUCAAAGUUACAGAAAAAUGUAUCUUUCUACUGUGAAUAUCCCCAAAUUUAGAUUUAUUACUUUUCUGGAUGGCAAAAUUCUGAUCUCCUCAGCAUAAGAUGACUCAGCCUUGUCUCACAGCAGUGUGUUAAAAAUAAUAACGUUGCUUUGUGAACUUUAAGGGCUUUGUUAGAUCGGACUAAUUUAGCUCUAGAAUAACAGCUUUUGGGGUCACAUUUAUGUUGUUAUUCUUAUUCCGUUGGGCUUAUAGCACCCCCAUCUGUUCAGAAACAGCUCAGAGAGCUCUGCUCCAGGUCUAUCUCCCCCUGGGUCUCUGAGUAUUUGAGUAAAUCAUAGUCACCAAUCUUUGGCCCAUUAGUGUGGACACUUGAGAAGCUGGGCCCUUAUGUCCCACAGUUCUGUGAAUUUAAGAUUAGGCCUUUGGGAUAUUUGUUCAGUGAUGUAUCUCAAGUUUGAGAACAAUCCUUGACAAUAUUGUAGGUGCAAUAAAUACCAACUGAAUAAAUGAUUCAGUGCCAAGA